AUGACGCUCUACUACAGCCUGGUGUUCGUGCUCCUGGUACUGGAGAUGGUGUUGUUUGUCGCACUCAUCAUCCCCAUGCCGUUCACCGCCAAGCGAAAACUGUUCAAUUUCAUUUCCGAAAGUCCAAUAGUUGCCAAGAUACAAUAUGCAAUGAAGAUCACCUUCAUCUUCAUUCUGAUCCUCUUCCUCGACAGUGUCAACAGAGUCUAUCGGGUCCAGGUCGAGAUGACAGCUCUUACAAAGGAUAAUAGUGGAGCAGGGCGAGCUGCUGCCAUUGGCUCUGAGCGCAUGGAGGUUCAGGCCCGCAAGUUCUACUCUCAACGCAACAUGUAUCUGACCGGCUUCACCCUCUUCCUCUCCCUCAUCCUCAACCGCACCUACGGCAUGAUCCUCGACGUUCUUCGUUUGGAAGAGAAGGUCAAGAUGUAUGAGGGUGAUGAGCGGGCUGGCGGCAAAGAAGGAGAGAAACUCGACCACAGAUACCGUGCCGACCAGAUUGGAGAGCUCAAGAAGCAGCUUGGCAAGAAAGACAAGGAGAUUGAGGCAAUCAAGAAACAAGCUGAGGGUCUGCAGAAGGAGUACGACGAUCUGAGUGUCAAGUACAACCAGACGAACCCUGGCUCUGGAGACAAGAAGAGCAAUUAA